CACCACCAAGUUUUCAACCUCCUAGUUUCAACCAAGUCCAAGCACCGGCUUUUUCAAAAAGAAUAAACAAACAACUUGUUCCAUUGUCAUUGAGGCUUGAGCCAAAUAAUUGUCGACAAUGGCAGAUGAGAGUGAAGUACUGGACAAUGAAUUUGAUGGAUUCUUGGCUGAAAUGAAGCCUUAUAUGCUCAAGUUGCCUAAUAAGUUAGAGAGACAACGAUGUGCUUUGUGGAUCAAGAAACUUUGUGAAGCUCCAGGCCAUGGGGUUGUUGGAAGGAAAAAUCGUAAUAUGUACAGCAAGCUACUUCUCCAUAUGCUGAAGAAAUCCUCACUAGAAGGACCAUUCAGCAGUCGACCAGACCCUGGCUCUUUGCCUACUCUCCCAUCAUACACAUCCAUCUAUUUUGAUGAGCCUUCUCAAUACAAAGCAUUGAGGCAAGAUGACAUACAUGUAGGAGUACAUUCCCUACCAGACUGGGUUAGUGGAGAGCUAUGGUCAGCUCGGGAACCAUCGGUCAGGUCAAAGGUCACAUCGACGAAUGUUUUGCAGGAACGCCAUACAAAUGCUGACACAAGGCAACAUCAGCGUAAACCAGGCAAUGAAGGGCAAGGUGAUAGAGUACAAAUUGAUGUCCCGUCCUCUACAUACCAGUCACAUCUUGAGGCAGCAAGGGUAGAGAUUCGUAACAGACACAAAGUAUCUUUCACAUAUUCAUCAGAUGAAGAAGAGGAUCUUAAUCCAAGGAGGAAAGAAGCAAAAUCAUCUGAUAAUAAGGUUCCUCUUACAAACCAAAGAUCACCUGUGUUUGAUUGGCCCAAAUUGGAACUCAGUCCAUUGGCUACAAGAACCAAUCAGAUCACAAUCAAUGGAAGACCAAAUAUGACAUCAUCAGCAAUGUUUAAUGAUGUUGCCAUGGAAACCAGACAAGAGAAGCAGCAUCUUGAGAUGAGAACUAAGCUUCUAGAAGCAAAAUUUCAUGAAGAAAAACUUCUCAUCCAACAGAGACACGAUGAAGCUAUCCAGAAGAUCCUUGACAGGAAGAAUACAGAAAUGGAAGAGAUGAAGCUUCAUUACAGAACAAAAGUUUCAAACUUGGAAGAGACUAACUCUAAGUUAGAAAAGAAAUUACAAACACUUAGCAAGGAGUUCAGUCAUGCGAAGGAGAGUAGAGAUAAACAAAUCUCUGAACUAAGAAAAAUGGUGGAACAUAGCAGUCAAACAACUAUUAAUGAUUAUGAAAAGAGGCUUCAUGAUGCAGUAGCAGACUUUGAACAGGAUAAGUUUGAUAUGCAGAAGAAACAAACCAGUGCUAUCCAAGACAUUUUAGAAGAUACCAAUAUUAAACUACAGAAGAUGGAGAUGGAUUAUAAUACACAGGUUGAGAGUCAUGCUGAAGUGAUCAGAGAACUUGAGGGUAAGCUACAUCAACUAGGUCUAGAACUGACCAAUCAGCAAUCAGGACAGCAACGCAUCACAGAGGAGAAAUCAAACCUGGAAAGACAAGCACAACUUCUCAAUGUAGAGCUAGAGAAUGUUUCUCAGAGGUACAUAGCCAUGCAGAAAGACUUUGACAUGAAGAAGGUUGACUAUGAGAGAGAACUGAAAAGUUUGAGAGGGAAAUCUGAAGCCAGAGUUGAUUUCUUGAAAGAGGAGCAUGCUUCUACUCUCGCAAAGAUAACAGAAAGUAAUAAAGAUUAUGAAGAUAAAAUACAUGAAUUAAGACAGGCAUUACAGGAUAGUGAACUCAACAGACAGAGACAAGUCAGAGAGCUAGAGAGUGAACAUAAACAAGACAAACUUCAUCAGGAGCAGCUUAAUGAGAGAAAACUACAAGGGCUUCGUUCACAGAUGGGCUUGGAGAAAGAAGAUGUAGAAAGACAACUCAGACAAGCUCAAAAUAACAAUCAUGACAAGGAGGAGCAGAUAAAACGACUGAAGGAAUUACAACGACUACAAGCCAGGCAAGCUGAGAGGGCGCUAGAGGAUUUUAAGAAUCAAGUAGAAACCAAUUCAGGAAGAAUGUUUGAUGACAUGAAGACACAGAUGGCAGGAGUAGAAGCUGAUUUGACUAAGUCAAAGGAGUUAAGAGAGAAGCAAUCUAAAGAAUAUAAAAGACAGAGUGAAGAGGCAAGGAAUACACAUCAACAGCAGUUAUCUGAGCUGGAGCUCUCUCAUCAGAGGGAGAGGGCUCGGAUCCUCGAGCAAUGUCAGGAGGAGAAGGAUUGUCUCCAGGAGGAGCAGCAGGAGCUCUUGGAAACUACUAGGGAGAAUCUUGAACAAAAGAUUAGAGUAUUGGAAUCACGAUCCCAGGAACAACAGACUAAAGAUGCCAAGAUUAUCUUUGAUCUAGAGCAGCAGCUUCGUGAUUUAAAAGAAGAAAUGUUACAGGGAGAUUCAUUAAGAAAACAACAAUUAGUUGAACUUGGUCUGCUGAGAGAAGAAGAGAGAAAUAAAAUACAAAGAGAACAUGAAGCAGAGGUGAGACAAUUGAGAUCUGAAAUGGACCAAUACAGGACAACAUUGCAGAAAGAAAACAGUACAAAUAUGGAACAAGCUAUGAGACAAACCAAUGAAAGAUUAAAGGAUAUUGAGAGAGACUACACCACCAGACUGGAACAAGCAAACAAGACUAUUAAAGAUCAUGAGGAUACCAUUCAUCAACUGAGAGAAGAAAAUCAGAUAGCUAAAUCAAACAUGGAGUUACAACUGACUGAGACAGUAUCAAAACUUGAAGAUGAAAAAGAACUUUUAAGAAAACAACAUGAAGCUUACAACAAGGCUGUUCAAAGAGAGCUUGGUGACCAAAGACAUAGGAUUAAACAACUUGAGAGAAGACUACAACAAGAAGAAUUAAAUCAUCAAGAAAAGGUUUUACAGUUACAACAUGAUUUUGAGCAGAGGAAUCGGGGACUCCUACCAGCAGCUAUUAAAGAUGAAUUAGAUGCUACCAUCUUAUCACUGAAGUCUCAAGUAAAUACUCUUCAACAAAGACUCUUAGUCAUUCAAGAAGAAAUUGAUUUAAGGAAUAAACAUAUUGCCAAAUUCUCACCAACCAGAAACUGAUGGAAAAAUGAGGAGUGUGAUUAGUGAGGUCACCUGUGGGUUCUGUUUCAUCAAACUUAACAAUUGUUUGUCAAAUGAUUUUUUACAAUUGAUUGCAUCAGACACAAUGGUGAAGCUUGUAUUAUAGACCCUAAAGCAGACCUGCCAACCAAUACGUUUUAGCCGUAUUUAAUCAAUGUAAUUUCAGGUAACUUGUUUUUUUUUUCAAUCAUUUUGUUCAAACCAGGGUGAAGAUAUACACAUGUGUUAAUGUUUUUUUUUUCAUCUGCAAGAGCAGUGCGCAUUUUAGCUUGCAUGCAGCUUGAGCGCCGCAAUGAGCAAGUGCGCCAAGCAUUUUAUUAUGAAAUACACUUUUUUGGGGAAAAAUACAGUUUUUUUUAUCACAGAAUACAGUUUUUCAUUCCCAGAGGUUGGCAGGUCUGCUAAAGGCUGUUUCAUAAAACUGUUUGUUAGUAAUGUACAAUCCUAGGAACAACUGAACUAUGGCAAGCCAAAAGGGUGUCUUCAUUCCCAUUUACACCAGGAUGAAAAGAUGCAGAUCCAAAAAAAUGGAUUUGUAACAAAUGCUAGUACCCUGAUGGCAUCUUAACUCCAGACCUUGUGGAUGACAAUCCAAGGACUAAUGCACUGGUCCACUGUGAUGACAAUGAUUGUGGGACAGAGACCCAAGUUUUCACCAAAGCGUGCACCAGAGUUUACUUCUUCAUUUUCAAGAAUUGAUAGACAUCGGCUGAAAAAGGUUUUGUGUUACUCGAAUAUCAAUGGCUGAUGCUUUAUAAGAUGUCUAGAGUGAAUACUAAUUAAAUGAUCGGUUUAAAGACAGUGCUCACGUGACUAGGCAGUUUGAUGCUGUAUAAAGCCUGUCAGCUUUGAUAAAGAGUCAGAGUAAAUUGAAUUAUACUCGUGUAUCAUUGGGCGAUGAAUAGUUUUAGGUAUCUAGUUUCCUCUCUCUGUAAUGUUUUUUUUUUACAGAUAUUAAUUCAAUUUUAAAGUAUUUGUAAAAUGGGUGAAUUGGACAGAAUUUGAUGAGUCCCUCCAUGAAAAGCAAUUACUUCAACCUUUUAUUAUUAAUAGUAACAUCGCCGAGAAAAAUUCAAAGUGACAACGAUCAGUGACAAAGAAAUCACUCAACUGAAGCUUUAUUACUCUUGUCUUUUCUAUUGUGUCAAAUUUAUUGCAAAGCGAGGAGUUGCUCGUUAGAUCCAUCUAAAUUUUGUUUGUUCAAUUCAAUAAACUAUUAAUAUCAAUCCUCCAAUUUUUAAAGAAAUUAGAAUAAAUACACUGUCUGUUAUAGAGAUCAUCAAAAUGGUACAAAUUCUAGGAUUUACAUUCAUGGAUUAGAUCUAAGGUUUCUCUAUGGAAAACCAAAUGUAGUUUGUGUUUUAGAGGAGGUAAACAUUUUAACAAAUGCUUUGGUUUCUCAUAUUAGUAAACACGGGAAUGAUGAGUACAAUAGGAUUUUUUUUUUUCCAUUAUAAUACUUUUGGCAAUUUUUCUUCCCAUAAUCACAGGUGUCAGUCAUGGCUCAUGAUAUCACAGGUGUACAAAGUAGAGAUACAAUACAAUACAAUAUUGGUAUUCAUAUUGCACUCUUUACAAUGACUGUAUCACAGCGCUUUACAAAAGAGCAAUUAGAAAAUUUGAAAAUUAGAAAGAUUUAAAAGAGAUGCCAGUCUUCAGGCCACAAAUAACUUCCCAUUUCAGGUAUGUUGAAGGUUUCAUGUUGUGGUUCUUCUGUUCAGACCAGUGAGUUCAAUUGACUGGCAUCCCUGACAGGGAUUAAUAUGGGAUUUAAAGGGGAAGUUCACCCUGAAAAAAAAUU